ACAGAAAAAUAUAUAUAAACAUGAAUCAAAAGUUCAACGUAUUUAGUACGUGGACGAUAAUCUAUUUCCACAAAUUGUUUUCGAGACUUCUAGGAAGUGCGACGUAAUCCGGAUGUAAACACUGGCACAUGCUUGAACACGACUUUGUUGACAUUUGUGAAGGCUGGACCAUGUCUAGAUUUCGCCUGGUGACCUUGGAUGUCACCAACACCCUCCUCAAGAUAACUGGAAGUCCAGGGCACCAGUAUGCUGCAGUGGCCGGUAUCUAUGGGGUCAAGGCCAAAGUCAGCGACAUCAAUACAUCGUUCAAGUACAGAUAUCGGCAAUACAGUGAGAGGUAUCCCAACUUUGGUACAGCAGUUGGAAUGUCUUCUUACAAAUGGUGGACUGAUUUGGUGAAAGACUGUUUCAAGUCAGUAGCCGAUGCCAAUGUUAAUUCUCAAGUGCUGCCAGCAACCAAUCAAGAUGAAACACUGACUCAGAUAGCCAAUCAUCUGUAUCUCCACUUCUCCACAGCAAAAGCAUGGGAGAUUCUACCAGGAGCAGAAGCUCUUCUCCAGAGUCUUAAAGCUGAUGGAGUCAUGAUUGGUGCUAUUUCAAACUUCGAUGGACGAUUGGAAAAAAUAUUGUCCUGUCUUGCACUGAGGCACUACUUUGAUUUUGUCACUCCAUCGGCAAAAGUUGGGUACGAGAAACCAGACAGACGUAUCUUCGAACAUGCUUUGGCGUUGUCAAAGAUUCCUGCGUCUGAAUCUGUACAUAUUGGUGACAGCUAUGAGAAAGAUUAUUUAGGUGCUGUUAAUGUUGGUAUGACAGGUUAUCUUGUACAUAAAGGAAGUGAGCCUUUUAAGAAUAUAGAUCCUAAGUUUGUUGUUCAAGAGUUGGGUGAUCUACCUGAGUGCCUUCGCGUUCGUACUAUGUCCACUGAAUUGUGAUGAGUUUUCUCAGGUUUUUUGUUGAAGUGUGGAGUGUAGAUGUUGUGUUGUAGCAUUGACCUUCACCUUUGGAGGUAGAUUUAAAACAAAACUGGAAGGUAGACUCCAAGGAGUACAAAAUAUUAUGCUCAUAUUUUCAGCCCAGAUUCAUAUUUUUGUCCUAAUGUUUAGUUUGAUGGAAGGGGGACAAAAGAAAGAAAAUUGCUAUGAUGUCUUGUAUCUUUCUGUCCCAACUUCUGUAUUUAUAGUCACUCACGACUCGUAUUAAAAAUUCAUGACUCUUGCAAAGGCAAAAGACAUUUAACUGAAAAAUAGACUUGAAUAAAGAUUAUUACAUGUGCAUUUUAAAUUCUUACAUGGUGAGUAAUGUUAAAUGACAAUGAAUAUUAAAUGCAUGAAGUAACGUAAUGUUCAAACAAUAUACAUUUAACAUUAAUCUGGUGCUUCUGUCUGUUAUUUACUUAAUAAUUUGACAUGGAAGACAUUCUCAGCUAACAUAUCAGUUUAUAUACAUUUGAGAUACUGAAAUAUUUAUAUACUUAUUUGUGAACGUUCAUGUUUUAUUCGUCUAAGUAGUCAUAAUGUUGAUAAUAUUGAUUUUGUUAUUGUUCAAUUCCAAUAGAAAAGACGUGUUCAGAUUCACUCCCAAUUUGUCUACAAAUACACUGUGUCCUCCCAUUUGGCACAAACUUGGAAAUAGUAACCUGUAUUUGCUGCAGCAGCUCUGUGUUUCCAAGGGAAUGCUACACAUGAAACAGCAAUGCAAUUUCUUCCCUUUCUAGCUCUUAGAAGUACUUCUCACUUCUACAGCUGGAGGGGUGGUGGGGUAGCCUAGUGGUUAAAGCGUUCGCUCGUCAUACCGAAGACCCGGGUUUGAUUCCCCAUAUGGGUACAAUGUGUGAAGCUCAUUUCUGGUGACCCCCGCCGUGAUAUUGCUGGAAUAUUGCUAAAAGCUGCAUAAAAACAAACUCACUCACUCACUCUACCGCUGGAAAGUUGCUGAUGCGACAUAAAGCAAUAUUUAUUACUUCUUUUGUUCCUACCAGUGACACGUUUAGCAUUUGUAACUUAUGACUGUGUUCAUGUGAUAAUCAGGGUAAUAUUCUAAUAUAUGUUUUCUCAUGUUAGUGGUUAUUAAAAAGUUAUACGUAU